AAUGAAAAAUCCUUAUUUAAAAGCGGGAAUCGUAUCAAAAUACUUUUUUGAAUGGAUGUCGGUUUGGUACAAAACGAAGAAGAAAAUAGAAUUAGAAGAUUUGUACGACUGUAUGGAAAGUGAUAAAUCUCAAUUUUUAGCUUCAAAUUUAACAAAACUUUGGAUAGAAAGACACAAGAGAAUACGUAGUAAUAAUAAUCUUCUGUGGUGUUGCCUUCUACAAUUUAAACUGAUGAUAUUAGUUUUAUUCUUUUUAGUAUUGCUUGAGUUUAGUACCAAGUUGGCUUCUCCUUUUUUUCUUGCCAAAGUUAUUGACUAUUUGGAAAAUUCUUCUACCUCUAAAACUGAAGCUUAUCUAUUCGCUUUAGGUAUUGCGCUCACUUCUUUUGUUUCUAGUAAUUGUAACGCUUUUGUCUAUCAUAAUUUGUAUUGGAUCUCUUCUAAACUUAGAUCAGCGACUAGUUCUAUGAUUUAUCACAAGAUACUCAAGUUGAACACUAAAUCAUGUAGAGUAUUCACUUCGGGAAGAAUAAACAAUAUGCUAUCAACAGACGUUGAAAAAUUUCAAUUGGGCAUUAUGUUCUUACCCGCCUGUUUAGCUUCACCUUUUCUCUUUUUGGCUUAUGCAACUAUACUCAUUACUGAGGCUAAAGUAGCUGGCGUUGUUGGACUUGCAUUGUCGUUACUCAUUAGUGUAUCUCAGUCUUCUUCUAGUGUGAUUACGAGUGUUUUAAGAAAGAAGGUUGCUUUAUGGACAGACAAGAGAGCGCAUGCUAUAAAAGAGCUUAUUGCCGGUGUGAGAAUUGUGAAAAUGUACGCUUGGGAGAAACCUUUUAAAGACAGGAUCGAGGAGUUUAGAUGUAAAGAAAUGAAUAAGAUGUUCUUCAGCAAUGUCUACAAAAUGAUAAAUUAUUCGCUAUAUCUUCUAUCUGGAAAAUUAGUCGCCUUUUCAAUCAUUCUAACUCAUGUACUUCUGGGCAAUGACCUUUCUAUUAAUUUCGCUUUUAAAAUCAUUUCGUGGACGGAAACAUCCAAAUUCUUAUUCUUUAUGUAUGUACCACAGCAUUUUAUGCAUUUUCACGAGCUUAGAGUGUCUUUAAGAAGAAUAAACGAAUUUCUAAUAAGCGAUGAUAGGAAGGUUAAUAUAGAAAAUUCCAAGACUAAAACCGAUUCGGAAUUGGCGAUAAAAUUAAAGAAUGGAGUGGCUUCUUGGCAAAUUAACUCUACCGAUAAUUACCAAUUCACCCUAAGAAAUUUAAAUGCUAAUAUUCAAAAGGGAAGCCUCUCAAUCGUUUUAGGAGUGGUUGGUUCAGGAAAGUCGACACUGCUUUCCGUUCUCCUUAACGAAAUCAAUUUAAUAAAUGGCUCUCUGGAGAUUAGCGGUAGUAUUUCCUAUGCUGCUCAAUUGCCGUGGAUUCUUAAUGAUACAAUUAAAGAAAAUAUCAUAUUUAAUAGCGAGUUUGAUAAAGAAAGAUACAAACGAGUGUUGGAAGUUUGUUGUCUUUAUCCUGAUUUAGAACAGUUCGACAAAGAAGAUAAUACUCUCGUUGGAGAGAGAGGAAUGUCUUUGAGCGGUGGGCAGAAAGCAAGGAUAAGUCUGGCUAGAAGUAUUUAUAAAGAUUCUGAUAUAUAUCUUUUUGAUGAUCCUCUCAGUGCAGUUGAUCCCAAAGUUCGAGAUUCGUUAUUCUAUAAUUGUAUUAAAACGUUUUUAAGAGGAAAGACGGUUAUUUUAGUAACUCAUCAUCAAGAUUACGUUAAAGACGCCGAUCUAGUGUUUCUACUUGACAAUGGCAACUUUUCAACUGGUGACAAACAAAAAAUAAUAACCAAUCUGGAAGACAAAGCUUCACAUUUUCAUAAAGACGAUAUAGAAAAUCAACUUGACGAUAAGGAAAACGAGAGAGAUAAUAUGUGGGAAGAAGAUGUCUGCUUAGGGUCGGUUUCUUGGUCAGUUUAUUGGAAUUUUUUAAAAAGUGGUAGUCUAUGGAUAUUUGGAUUUUAUUUCCUUCUAUCAACUUGCACUCAAGCUACUCAUAACUUUACAGACUUUUGGAUAACGAGAUGGUCGGAACUGUUUGAUAAUAAAUCAACAAAUGCUUCAGUUGACGAUACAAAACCAAAUUCAAACUUUCAUAUAGCAGUUUAUUGUUUGUCAAAUGGAGUAUCGUUAAUAAUGAUAUUUAUAGCUUCUUUUCUGUUCUGUAGGGGACUUUAUAGGGCUAGUAAAGACUUUCAUCGUCAAAUGCUCUUUCGAGUAUUGAGAGCUCCAAUAUCGUUCUUUGAUUCAACUCCUAUCGGUAUCAUUCUUAACAGAUUUACAAGAGAUACCGGUUUUAUGGACGAUUUGCUGUUGGUUGUUAGUGCCGAUACACUACUAUUAGGAUUUUUACUUUCUGGAACGUUUGCUACUGUUUGUAUCUUGAAUCCAUUCACCCUUACAGCCAUUCUGCCGCUCCUAUUUCUUGCGGUAUACUACCGGCAAUAUUCUUUGCCUAAGACAAGAGAGUUUAAGAGAUUAGACGCUCUUGCGAGAUCACCGGUAUAUACUCACGUUUCAGAGACAAUCGAUGGUAUUCAAACAAUACGAUCGUUCAAUAUGGAAAAGAAGUUUACUGAUAAAUUUCAUGCGUUUCAAGAUAGGCAAUCAGUCGCGUGGUUUCUCUAUAUCUCAUCCCACAGAUGGUUGGGUAGGAGACUAGAUACAAUGAUAGUGAUAUUUAUUUCUAUUACCGCUUUUGUAACUGUUGCCGUUAAGGGCUACUUAGAUGCAAAGCUAUUGGGUUUAUCGCUUACUUAUUGUGCAACCUUGCUAUUCGAAAUGCAGUAUUUUAUAAGACAAACAGGAGAAGUUGAAAACUUGAUGGUAUCAGUAGAAAGAAUUCUCAAGUUCAGAUGCCUAGAAGAGGAGAAAAUCGAUGGCGAUGAGAGUCCAAUUUGUGAAGACUGUUCAUUUUGGCCAAAUUGUGGAAAUAUUAAAUUUGAUUCAGUAUCCUUAUCGUAUAAACAGGACAAUCAGCCAGUUCUUAAAAAUUUGACCUUUGAAGUGAAAAAGGGUGAGAAAAUUGGUAUUAUCGGUAGGACUGGGGCGGGUAAAUCGUCUUUAUUCACUGCAAUUCUACGUCUAACCGAACCUGAUGGAAGAAUAUAUAUAGAUGGUAAAGAAAUCAAGUCGAUUUCCUUAGCAGCACUUAGACAGGCUAUAUCGGUCAUUCCGCAAGAUCCAGUUCUCUUUAGUGGAACCCUUCGAUAUAAUUUAGAUCCGUCGAAUGAAUUUUCCGAUGAGGAAAUUUUUAAAACUUUAAAACAAGUUCAAUUAGAUAAGAAAAUUGAGAAAAAUCCAAAAGGGUUAUCGUUAGAAGUUUCCGAAUCGGGCUUAAAUUUUAGCGUUGGCGAAAGGCAGCUGAUUUGUUUGGCAAGAGCUCUACUUAAAGAUAAUAGAAUAAUCUUAAUUGACGAAGCAACUGCAAACGUCGACAAUUAUACAGAUCAACUAAUUCAAAGAGCGAUAAGGAAUGAAUUUUCAAUGUGUACUGUAUUAACCAUAGCUCAUAGAAUGAAUACUAUACUAGAUUCAGACAAAAUACUGAUUUUGGAAAAUGGUCAAAUACUAAAUUACGAUAGCCCAGAGACACUUUUAUUGCGAAAAGAUAAUUUAUUUGCUGAUCUACUGCGAUCUAGUGAUCAGAAUGCCGACGUAAAACCUAUUAAAGCACAAGAUAAAGAUGAAAUAAUAGAAGAGGGUGAUGGGCGUGGGGAGGUUAAUCCAGGAUACAAAUCGGACUAA